AUUAAAUUAAAUUCCAGGAAGCAGUGCUAAUGACAGUCCUAACGAGUCGUGGGAGAGGCUACCAGCCCCAGCCUUUGGACAGCAGUGGUAGGGAGGACUAGGCAAUAAUGUGAACAAGGCAACAAAGCAGUGGCUCCUGGGGAUAGAAUCGAUUAUCAUUUCCCAGGCCUCCAAGGACCCUGGGCUUCCCAGAGGAGGUGGUCUUUGGAGGCUGUGUAUGUGGUAGGCAUAGUGACAGAUUGGACCGUGAGCUCUUCAAGGAUAAGAAGAAGGAGGAAGCUUAGUUCAGACCUUGGCCUGAAAGCCCUGAGUGCUCCCUGGGUUCCCUGUUAGGGCUUGCGCGGCUCCUUCCCAGUUAUAUCAGGAGUACCCUGAAUGCCAGGACCAGUUGGGUUUGCAGGGCUAGACAUGGGUCACUGGUUUGGAGAUACUGCUGCUACUACGUCAGCAUCUCCUGGGGACUUGGGAGCCCCCUGUAUGCCUUACUCCUCAGGGAUGCUUCAUGGCAGUCCCCUCUCACACCAUGUCCUCUUGUUCUCACUGUUCUGGCCAGGCUAGCUUCCUUUCUGGUUCAGGAACAUUCAGUUCCUUCCCACACGAGGGCCUUUGCACUUCUUGUUGCCCCUGCCUCACUCUAUACUGGCUUGUCACAUGACUGGUCCCUCCCCAGGAUUCAAAAUUCCCCUCCUCAGACUGUUUUCUCCUGCACACACCUCCCAGUGGCUCUAGUGUCACCCUCUUGAUUUCCUCUGAAACUGUAAAAUUCCAUUUCCCCGUUUACUUGUUCAGUGUGUGCUCCUCAAGGGCAGGGUCCCAGCCCGCCUCCCUUACCCUAGAGUUCUCCAUACAUUGGCACACAAUAUGUUCACAGUAAACAGUGGUUGAACAGAUGAUCCCUCCCUCUAGACCCUCCUGCACUCUACCCCCUGUCCCCUGACUCACACAGCCAUGUAUCAGGUUGGACCUCCUUGCCUAACCCAGAAACUUCUGGGCAAGGAGUACUGGGGCAUGAGUUCUCCAGGCCAAAGCCAAUGAUCUCUGAAGGGGGUGGAUGACCAGGAAGGGGGACCUUGGGCCCCAAGGCCACCAGGCUUGGGGCUGUUCCUCUCAGGGGCAAGAGAGGCCUGGGAAGAGAGGUCUGGCAGGGAGGGGGGAGGGGGGCAGGAUGGUUGACUCUAAUCUCAGAACUGCUGCUAGACUAAGAAGCAGGAAGGGGAAAGUGCAGGAGAUGGACCAGGAGGUGGAGCCUCACCCAGAGCUGAGCUGCAAGAGGGAGCAAGAGAUCUGCAAACGGAAGCUGCCAAGGCCCUGUCUGCAAGGCUGUGAUUUGGUGGUCACAGGUCCUUGGCCAGAGGUUCUCUGCCACCUAGAAGCCAUGGAUGUGGGGUAGUCAGGAUCCUGGACUCUGGGCAACCUAGGGUCCUGCCUGGUCCUGGACUUUGGGCAGAGACACACAUACCCACCCUGAAACUGCCUUUGGGGAAGUGCUGGCAGCUUCCCCUUCCUGAAUACUGCAGGCUAGGGCGUCAUAGUCCACUGAGGGGGGUCUCCUCACCCUGCUCAGGGAUGGUGCUUGGUAGGAACUCAGGACAAGCUGGACCUGCUCUGUGGCCUGUCGUGAGCCCCAAGGCUGUUCUUCCUAUAGGGGUGAGCCAGCAGCUUCCACUUUUCCAUUCUAACUAGAGGGCCACCCUCAGCUUUGCUGAUAUCAUUUCAGUGUCCUUUAUGGUCUAGUCCAAGUGGUACUGGGCUGGUGGGCACAGGGACAAGUCUUGCCUCUGGUGCUCAUGAGGCCCUGGCUAGGCAGUCACCCUUUGCCCCCAAAAUGACCUCUCCUGAAAGGACCCUGGACUCCUGAGUAUGAAGGAACCAGGAUGCCUGUGACAUACCUCACUGGGUGACUGUGGAUGGGUCCUGGCCCAUUCUGAGUCAGUUCACUCAGCUGCAAAGCAAGAGGUGCUGGGGAGUCAGGGAAGAGCACCAUCGUCAAGCAAAUGAAGAUCAUCCACGAGGAUGGCUACUCCGAGGAGGAAUGCCGGCAGUAUCGGGCGGUCGUCUACAGCAACACCAUCCAGUCCAUCAUGGCCAUCGUCAAGGCCAUGGGCAACCUGCAGAUUGACUUUGCCGACCCCUCCCGAGCGGACGACGCCAGGCAGCUGUUUGCACUGUCUUGCACUGCCGAGGAGCAGGGUGUGCUCCCUGAGGACCUGUCUGGCGUCAUCCGGAGGCUCUGGGCUGACCACGGUGUGCAGGCCUGCUUUGGCCGCUCAAGGGAGUACCAGCUCAACGACUCAGCCGCCUACUACCUGAAUGACCUGGAGCGCAUCGCACAGAGUGACUACAUCCCCACGCAGCAGGAUGUGCUACGGACCCGCGUGAAGACCACGGGUAUCGUGGAGACACAUUUCACUUUUAAGGACCUACACUUCAAGAUGUUUGAUGUGGGUGGUCAGCGGUCGGAGCGGAAGAAGUGGAUCCACUGCUUUGAGGGCGUCACAGCCAUCAUCUUCUGCGUAGCCUUGAGCGCCUAUGACUUGGUGCUAGCUGAGGACGAGGAGAUGAACCGCAUGCAUGAGAGCAUGAAGCUGUUUGACAGCAUCUGCAACAACAAGUGGUUCACGGACACAUCCAUCAUCCUCUUCCUCAACAAGAAGGACCUGUUCGAGGAGAAGAUCACACAAAGCCCCCUGACCAUCUGCUUCCCUGAGUACACAGGGGCCAACAAGUAUGACGAGGCAGCCAGCUACAUCCAGAGUAAGUUUGAAGACCUGAAUAAACGCAAAGACACCAAGGAGAUCUAUACGCACUUCACGUGCGCCACAGACACCAAGAACGUGCAGUUUGUGUUUGAUGCCGUCACUGACGUCAUCAUCAAGAAUAACCUGAAGGACUGCGGCCUCUUCUGAGGGGCAGCGGGGCCUGGCAGGAUGGGCCACCGCCGACUCUGCUCCCCCAGCCCCUGAGGAAGAUAAGGGCAAGAAGACCACGCUCCCCGCCUGUCCCCUGGCCGCUUUUCCCCUAUCUUCUCUCUGUUCUCAGCUCCCUAUCUCCUCCUUCAGCUCCAGACCUAGGGGAGGGGUUGCUCUAGGCCUCCCUGUUUGAAGCCUUGCCUUUUCUGAGGUGCCAGGAAUGGCCAUGAUACCCCCUUUCUGGGCAUCUGUUCUGGUUUUUUAACCAUUGUCUUGUUCUGUGGGGGGGAGGGGAGCACAUGCUGAGUCCCCCAAGGCUUGUGUCUGGAGGGGCACCCAUUUCUCCAGCCUGGACCCCUGGCUUUGCCUAACACCAGCCCCUGCCCCAGCCCAAGUCCAAAUGUUUACAGGGAGCCUCCUGUCCACCCCACCCCACAGCCGCUUGGAGGCCCCAAAGGAAAAAGCACAAGAAGCGUGAAACGCCACCAUUCCUGGAGACCACAGUCCACCUGCUCAUUCUCGUAGCUUUUUAAAAAAAUGAAAGUAAAGGAAAAAAAAAAAACUGCAAACCUAGAAAACUUUUUGAGAAAAACUAUUUAAAAUUGUCAGAUCCUGACCAGCACCCACCCAGCCCCCCUUCCAGUGACUCUGUGCCUUGAGUGUGUCUGCGUGUUUACACCCAUGCCCCUGCUGGCCGCCCCGUGUGAGCGGCACCCCUGCCCUGCCCUCCACAGAAUUGGGUUCCAAGGGCUGUUCCAGACAACUGCCAACAUCACUGAGGGCCCUGCCCCAGCGGCCCUGGGCCCAGUCUCCAUUAACCUAAAUGUAGCUCCGUAGCGCUAACCUAGGAACCGCCGCUGCCUGCUGAGGGGCCGUGCCCUCAUGCCCUCGCCCCAGGCCCGGGGCAUUCAGCGUUGAACACUUCCUUGCUUUUUUCACAUGUUUUAUGGAAUUGUUCACCUGGUUUGAAAUAAUAAAAUGUAGAA